GCGGCUGCUCUCCCCCCCCCCCCUCUCCCUACAAAUACAUCUCGCAAUCAAAUCUCAAAGCUCACAAGUCACAAAGCAAUCUGUGUCUUUCUCUCUCUCUCUCCCUCCCUCUGCUCGCCGCCGCCGAAUUUCUAGAGAUCCCUCGCUGUUCCUCGUUUCAUCAGAUCAUCUUGUUCGCGUGUUAAUUUUUGUUCGAUCGAUCUUAAUCCGCGUUUAAUUCUUCGUCUUCUUUCGUGUUGCCCUUACUUUUUUGUUUGCUAUCGUGUUCUGUACUUCUGUUUCUUCUAACCAUGGAUGCAGGAUCCCGCUCGAUCUCUUCCGAGAAGAGCCGCGCCGCCGUGCAGCGGCCGCCCCUCCAGGAGGCCGGAUCCCGCCCCUACAUGCCAUCGCUGAGCACCUCCUCGCGCGACCCGUCGGCCAAGUGCUACGGAGACAGGUUCAUCCCGAACAGGUCAGCGAUGGACAUGGACAUGGCGCACUACCUGCUCACCGAGCCCAAGAAGGACAAGGAGAACAUGGCGGCGUCCCCAUCCAAGGAGGCGUACAGGAGGCUUCUCGCGGAGAAGCUGCUCAACAACCGGACACGGAUCCUCGCCUUCAGGAACAAGCCGCCGGAGCCUGAGAACACCUUGGCUGCUGACACGGUUUCUUCUCACCAGGCCAAGCCGGCCAAGCAGAGGCGCUACAUUCCCCAGUCUGCCGAGAGGACUCUGGACGCACCAGACCUCGUCGAUGACUACUACCUCAACCUAAUGGACUGGGGGAGCAGCAACGUACUGUCCAUUGCGCUGGGCGACACGAUGUACCUGUGGGAUGCCUCGAGUGGAUCCACAUCUGAGCUUGUGACAGUCGACGAGGACAACGGACCCAUCACCAGCGUCAGCUGGGCCCCUGAUGGCCGGCAUCUUGCCAUUGGGCUUAACUCGUCUGACAUCCAGCUCUGGGACACCAGCUCCAGUCGACUGUUGAGAACUCUGAAGGGUGUGCACGAGUCACGGGUUGGUUCACUGGCAUGGAACAACAACAUCCUGACGACUGGCGGCAUGGACGGUAGGAUCGUGAACAAUGACGUAAGGAUCAGGGACCAUGCUGUGCAGACGUACCAGGGGCACAGCCAGGAGGUGUGUGGGCUCAAGUGGUCUGGGUCGGGGCAGCAACUGGCAAGCGGUGGCAACGACAACCUUCUGCACAUUUGGGAUGUGUCUAUGGCGUCCUCCAUGCCAUCUGCAGGCCGCAACCAGUGGCUGCACAGGCUCGAGGACCACACGGCUGCUGUCAAAGCGCUCGCAUGGUGCCCAUUCCAGAGCAACUUGCUGGCAACUGGCGGUGGUGGUAGUGAUCGGUGCAUCAAGUUCUGGAACACACACACCGGUGCAUGCCUGAACUCUGUUGAUACCGGAUCACAGGUGUGCGCUCUUCUUUGGAACAAGAAUGAGAGGGAGCUGCUGAGUUCACACGGAUUCACGCAGAACCAACUGACCCUGUGGAAGUACCCUUCGAUGGUCAAGAUGGCUGAACUCACUGGCCACACCUCCCGUGUCCUUUUCAUGGCUCAGAGUCCUGAUGGUUGCACGGUGGCAUCAGCUGCUGCAGAUGAGACCCUCCGCUUCUGGAACGUGUUCGGCACUCCUGAAGUAGCCAAGCCUGCAGCCAAGGCUUCUUCCCACACUGGGAUGUUCAACAGCUUCAACCAUAUCCGAUAAGAUGAACAGCGACAUUCUCUUGAACUGGAAGUGAUCCUCAUGGGCAGCUCUGUUGUGUACAGAAAUAUAAAUGUAGAUGAGCUAAACGUACAUGAGCUAAAUGUAGAUGUACAAACUGUGGAUAAAGAAUAUACGGAUGGAGCCGCCGCAAUUCGGCUCCCGGGGACGUAGGCACACAUCGCCGAACCUCGUUAACAAAUGCCCCGUGUCUUUGUUGGUUGUGAUUGCUCUCACUUUGUGCACCUCUGCUCCAAAAUCUUUGCUA